AUGUCGGGCGGUUGCGUACAUGUAUCAAUCAAGUUAGAUAUCUUACAUCCAGAUUAUUUGUGUGAUCUUGUAAAUAAAACACCAGAAUCGGAAAUUCGUGGAUGUAAGAAUGUGUUUGGGGAAUCUGUUACAAAGGGAUCUAUAUUCCUUGACGCACUCGAUUUCCAGCGCAAUAAAAUUAAAAAUCUUCUAAAUGAAACACUCAAAGAAAAGUUAAGCACAUCCAAUAAAGGGUUGUUAUCUACUGCACAAAAAGACUUAGACGCAAUGGAGAAGAAGAGGAAGAUAGCCAGGUCCGUAUAUGAUGAAAUGCUUCAAUAUGGUAAAAGACUUCUAGAAUGCAUCAGAAUUUUAAAGGAUGUCAAUGAUGAGUUACAAAAUGUUUCGUCAUUAAGAUGUAACAGCGUAAUUAAUGGAAUGUUCAAGGAUAUACCGUCGUUGUUUAAAGUCCAUGAACAUUUGACUGAAAGUUUUGAUUCCUGUGAAGCUGAAGACAUAGAAUUGCCCUCAACUUUUACCAGUGACAAGGAGAUGCAAAUCUUGAAUAUAUACAAGAGCUUCUUAUGUCGUUAUGCAGUGAAUUUCAAGACUUUUUCGGAAAUGUAUUCCACGAAUGAAGAGCUUCAAAAUAUAUGUAAAGGUAUCGUUGCAAAAUCUCAGUAUCAAGAGCAACGUAUUCAGAAUGUACCUGGGAUGUUCUAUGGUGUCAGCACAGCAUUACCACGAUACAAAGAUCUCAUUUAUAGGCUUAAAGGAACCAUGCUUCCGAGCGACCCAGAAUAUACAAAUGUCACAAAGGCUUGGAAUUUCAUCAAGGAUUUAUUGGAUCGUUCGGAACAAGAAAUUAUUUUGCAGGAGAAAAUGUUGAAUGCUAGAGAAGCACUUGGUAAACUGGAUGGUCUUCGUGUAAAGUAUACUCAAAUUCCGUUACUACAUCUAGAAGGUCCCGCAAAGAAACUACCUAGACGUUCAAUACAUAGACGGCUUUUGGAUAGAUAUUUAUUUCUUUUUUCCGAAUAUUUGGUCAUGACUGAAUCCCCUAAUGCCGUUGGUCGUUAUCAAGUUAAGUCAGAGAUAGGUUUGGCUGGAAUGACAUUAUGUGAAGUCAAAGAUGAUGAAGAAAUCAAUGUUGAACACUGUUUUAGAAUUAAAGCGAAAGAGCUAUGCGUCGAGGUUGCUUUUUCAAAUGAUGACGAAAAACAACUUUGGUGGCGUGAACUUCAACAGGCUAUUGAUUGUGAAUGUAAUAAACCGAAUAGUAAUUGUUUCAAUGAAAAAAAGUCAAUAAUGAGUGCAAAUAAUUUAGGUGAAGUUGCAGCUCAAUGGGUUAAAGAUGAAUCAUCCACUAUGUGUACAAAUUGUUGUACAGAAUUUACUACACUUAAUCGACGACAUCAUUGUCGUGCAUGUGGCAAGUUAUUUUGUGGUUCCUGUUCAGCAUAUAAAGCUCCAUUGGAAUCUUGUGGUGGUAAAUAUGAACGAGUAUGUGUUGUAGACUAUUAUUUACUUAAUAAGAAUUUCAAACCUCCAAAACCUAAAAUUAUGGAGGCGAUAUUGCGUCGAGUAGACAAACAGCAACCACCUCAACCAUUGAGAACUGGUUUCUUAAUGUGGAGUCAUUUCAAUAAUUCAUGGUCUACAAAAUCACCUAUUCGACUACCAAAAUCUUCCGUACAGUAUCGAUCUGUUGAUACAAGUUCUGAAAUACGAAAAGAAUUGCUUCGUGAUAUUGGUCCAUUUAACUCUUCUAGCAAAUUUGCAUGCAAAAACUCUUCUACAGAUCCCGUGGACAAUCAUCAUGAUUCAAAUACCAAAUCAACUUCUAAUUCACUGCCUCACAUCAACAAUCGAUCGUUCGACUCAUCAAUUAAUAUAGAAUCGACAAAUCAUAAAUCAUCAUCUGCAUGCCUAUCUCGUUUAUUUUGUGUUUUACAAACGGAUACUUCAUUCGAAUUCUACGCUGCUCGUGCUGAUACACGUGCAGUAGAUAAAAUUACUGUGAUAGGUUUACGUUUAUUCUACCUAGAUGAUAAUUUCAAUGAUACAUUUUCAAAUCACAAUGGUGAUUUAUCAACAAUACAACAACCUACGCUGCAUACUAAAGCACGAAGUUUUGAUAAUUCGUCUAAUGUGAACAAGGAUUUUCCUGAAAACACUAUUGGGUCAUUUAGACGGGAAUAUUCUAGAUUAUAUAGACAAGGUAAUCCUAUAUAUCGAAACUGUAAACCUCCUCCACGGGAUCGUAAUAUAUUUGAUCAUGGAUUUUCUAGUGAAACAUCUAGUCUUUCAGAUGUAACAUCUUUAUCGAAAUCUUUUAUCAAACCAUCAUCAAUUAGUACCUUAGAAGCUGAUAGAUUAUCGAACCGAUCUACACAAUCUUGUAGAGAAAGAUCCUCUAAAGAGAAUCAUAAAAAUUCUGUAUGUAAUUUUUCUGGUGAUCAAUCCACUGAUGAUGAGGGAAUUGUAACUAACAGUGAAAUAAUAAAACAUGUAGAAACAAUCAGUCCUGAGAUAUUGGGUCUUCUGCGUAAUAAUUUAGGUUUUCUUCUGUUACCUUUAAAUACAGACCGUCCAGCACAUUAUUUUGAAGCAACAACAGUAGAAAUCAGAACACAAUGGAUCAAUUCUAUUCGUCGUGUUUGCAUAGAUUUCAUGUCCUCUCCGCCUUCCAGGUGA